GGACACGGCUUUAAUUUUUUUUUUUUUUUCAGUAUCUUUUUUUCUUUUGAGGGGAUGCUGAGAAAGCAAGCCGUUCCCCUCCCGUGUAGCACAUUGCCUGGGCGUUCCUAUUAUGGAAGUUAAGUGAGAAACUCUGCAGCUUGAACUGAUUUGGGGAGAGAAAGGGAGAGAGAAAGGGGGUAGGGGGAGGGCGAGAGCGAGAGGAAGGCAAAAUAGCCGAACCAAACCAAUGGUUUUCCUGCAAAGUGCCGGGAAGUUUGUGGAGCACUUUCUAGGAAUCAGGUCCUUUCUCAGAGUCUCUCCUUGUCUUCCGAAGAAAGAGCUUGCUUUUGGAUUGCCAUGGAUCCUAAAGAGAGUCUUAGACACACUUGAAUAAUUCCCCUGCUUGGGCUGAAUUGAUGGGAAUUUAGGAAGGAGCGUGUGUGCAAAGCAGAAGCCUUCGGAGCUCACUCGCUGCUUCUCUAAUCUGUAUGGAUCUAAAAGUGUCACAUUCAAGACCUUUGCAUCUCCAGCUUUUGAAUUGAAGAUUUCCCUUUCCACUUUAAGUAGCUGCUAGGAAACUGAAAACUUUUGGACCUACCUCUUACUGGCUUUGGAUACUUUUUUCCUUUUUUUCUCUUUUUUUUUUUUCCUUUUUUUCUCUUUUUUAAAAUCUCUGUGGAAUUGGUCUCGCAAGCGAUCGGGAUUGUUUUUAAUAUGUCAAAAUGGGUCUGCUGACGCCACUCCUGCUCUUCGGAUUUGCGUUUUUACAAGUCUAUGGAUCCCGUCUCCGCCAAGAGGACUUUUCACCUCGGAUUGUUGAGCAUCCUUCAGAUGUGAUAGUGUCUAAAGGAGAGCCAACCACUCUGAACUGCAAAGCAGAGGGAAGGCCCACCCCCACCAUCGAGUGGUACAAGGACGGCGAGCGGGUGGAGACGGACAAGGAUGACCCGCGCUCCCACCGGAUGCUGCUGCCCAGCGGAUCUUUAUUUUUCCUACGCAUCGUGCACGGGCGCAGGAGUAAACCCGACGAGGGGAGCUACGUCUGUGUAGCAAGGAACUACCUUGGAGAAGCUGUGAGUCGCAAUGCAUCUCUGGAAGUGGCAUUGCUACGGGAUGACUUCCGCCAGAACCCUACGGACGUGGUGGUGGCAGCUGGGGAGCCGGCAAUACUGGAGUGCCAGCCGCCCCGGGGGCACCCCGAGCCCACCAUCUACUGGAAGAAAGAUAAAGUCCGCAUCGACGACAGGGAGGAGCGCAUCAGUAUCCGUGGUGGGAAGCUGAUGAUCUCCAACACCAGAAAAAGCGAUGCAGGGAUGUACACGUGUGUGGGGACCAACAUGGUGGGCGAGCGCGACAGUGACCCUGCAGAGCUGACUGUCUUUGAGCGGCCCACGUUUCUCAGGCGACCGAUUAACCAAGUGGUGCUGGAGGAGGAGGCCGUGGAUUUCCGGUGCCAGGUGCAGGGGGAUCCCACACCCACAGUCCGGUGGAAGAAAGAUGAUGCAGACUUACCAAGAGGAAGGUAUGACAUCAAGGACGACUACACCCUGCGCAUCAAGAAAGCCAUGAGCACCGAUGAAGGAACCUACACCUGCAUCGCCGAGAACCGCGUUGGCAAAGUGGAAGCCUCUGCUACACUCACCGUGCGAGCUCGCCCCGUUGCUCCCCCACAGUUUGUGGUGAGACCACGAGACCAGAUUGUAGCCCAGGGUCGAACUGUGACUUUUCCUUGUGAAACUAAAGGAAAUCCCCAGCCAGCUGUUUUCUGGCAAAAAGAAGGAAGUCAGAACCUACUCUUCCCAAACCAGCCUCUGCAGCCCAACAGCAGAUAUUCCGUGUCACCAACUGGGGACCUCACCAUUACCAACAUCCAGAGGUCUGAUGCAGGCUACUACAUUUGUCAAGCACUGACGGUUGCUGGAAGCAUUUUAGCAAAGGCUCAGCUGGAGGUUACUGAUGUCCUGACAGAUCGGCCUCCGCCCAUCAUCCUCCAGGGCCCCGUCAACCAGACGCUGGCAGUGGAUGGCACAGCUCUGCUCAAGUGCAAGGCCACCGGUGACCCCCUCCCUGUCAUCAGCUGGCUCAAGGAAGGGUUCACCUUCCUGGGCCGGGACCCUCGGACAUCCAUACAGGACCAGGGCACGCUCCAGAUCAAAGCUCUGCGGCUCUCUGAUACUGGGACUUACACUUGCGUUGCUACAAGUUCCAGUGGGGAGACGUCCUGGAGUGCUGUGCUGGAGGUGACAGAAUCUGGUGGAGCAACAGUCAGUAAAAAUUAUGAUAUAAAUGACCUCCCUGGGCCACCAUCCAAACCUCAGGUCACUGAUGUUACUAAGAACAGUGUCACCCUGUCCUGGCAGCCAGGGACCCCUGGAAGCCUACCAGCUAGUGCAUAUAUCAUUGAGGCUUUUAGUCAGUCUGUGAGCAACAGCUGGCAGACGGUGGCCAACCACGUGAAGAGCACGCUGUACACAGUGCGCGGUCUGCGCCCCAACACCAUCUACCUGUUCAUGGUCAGAGCCAUCAACCCCCAGGGCCUGAGCGACCCCAGCCCCAUGUCAGACCCCGUCCGAACCCAAGAUAUCAGCCCCCCAGCACAAGGUGUGGAUCACAGGCAAGUCCAGAAAGAGCUGGGAGAUGUCAUUGUACGGCUGCACAAUCCUGUUGUGCUGACACCCACGACAGUGCAAGUCACCUGGACGGUGGACCGGCAGUCCCAGUUUAUCCAGGGCUACCGCGUGCUGUACCGCCAGACCUCGGGCCUGCCUGCCCCGGCCACGUGGCAGAACCUGGAGGUGAAAGUCCCCACCGAGCGCAGCGCCGUGCUCGUCAGCCUCAAAAAGGGGGUCACCUAUGAGAUCAAGGUUCGCCCUUAUUUCAAUGAGUUCCAGGGGAUGGACAGUGAAUCCAAGUCUGCUCGUACCACGGAGGAAGCUCCAAGUGCUCCUCCUCAGUCUGUCACUGUCCUGACAGUUGGAAAUCACAACAGCACAAGCAUCAGCAUCUCGUGGGAUCCUCCCCCUCCAGAUCACCAAAAUGGAGUCAUCCAGGAGUACAAGAUCUGGUGCCUAGGUAAUGAGACUCGAUUUCAUAUCAACAAAACAGUAGAUGCAGCCAUUCGGUCUGUAGUAAUAGGUGGCCUAUAUCCAGGUAUCCAGUACCGCGUGGAAGUUGCUGCAAGCACCAGUGCAGGUGUGGGAGUAAAAAGUGACCCACAACCCAUAAUAAUAGGAGGUCGUAACGAAGUUGUCAUCACCGAAAACAACAACAGCAUAACUGAGCAAAUCACUGAUGUGGUGAAGCAGCCUGCCUUUAUAGCUGGCAUUGGUGGUGCAUGUUGGGUCAUUCUCAUGGGUUUCAGCAUCUGGCUGUACUGGCGGAGAAAGAAGAGGAAGGGGCUCAGCAAUUAUGCUGUCACCUUCCAAAGAGGAGAUGGAGGACUAAUGAGCAAUGGGAGUCGACCAGGUCUGUUGAAUGCCAGUGACCCCAGUUACCCUUGGCUUGCAGACUCUUGGCCUGCCACAAGUCUGCCAGUAAAUAACAGCACUAGUGGACCCAAUGAUCUUGGGAAUUUUGGUCGUGGAGAUGUGCUGCCACCAGUGCCAGGGCAAGGAGAUAAAACUGCUACCAUGCUUUCUGAUGGGGCCAUUUACAGCAGCAUCGACUUCACCACCAAAACCAGCUACAACAGCUCCAGCCAAAUAACGCAGGCUACGCCAUAUGCCACCACCCAGAUCCUGCAUUCCAACAGCAUCCACGAGCUGGCUGUCGAUUUACCAGAUCCACAGUGGAAAAGCUCAAUUCAGCAAAAAAAUGACCUCAUGGGAUUUGGUUACUCUCUCCCAGACCAAGGCAAAGGCAACAAUGGUGGCAAAGGAGGGAAAAAGAAGAAAAACAAAAAUACUGCCAAGCCCCAGAAAAACAAUGGUUCAACCUGGGCCAGUGUUCCCCUCCCACCCCCUCCUGUGCAGCCACUUCCAGGCACAGAGCUGGAGCACUAUGGGGUGGAUCAGCAAGAAGCAGGAUAUGACAGUGAUGGUUGGUGUCCACCUUUGCCAGUUCAGACCUACCUGCAUCAGGGCAUGGAAGAUGAGCUUGAAGAAGAUGAUGAUCGUGUCCCCACACCUCCUGUCCGGGGAGUAGCUUCAUCUCCUGCCAUCUCCUUUGGGCAGCAGUCGACUGCAACUCUCACGCCUUCCCCACGAGAGGAGAUGCAGCCAAUGCUUCAAGCUCACCUUGAUGAGUUAACAAGGGCUUACCAGUUUGAUAUAGCAAAGCAGACAUGGCACAUCCAAAGCAAUACCCAACCUCCUCAGGCUCCAGUUCCUCCCCUAGGAUAUGUAUCUGGAAACCUUAUUUCAGAUUUGGAAACAGAUGUUCCAGAUGACGAUGAUGAUGAGGACGAUAUUGAAGAAGAAACUGUAGAAAUCAGUAGGCCACUAAGAGGUCUAGAGCAUACUCCAGGCUCCAGUAUGGACAAUCUAGGCAGCUCUGUAACAGGUUCAAUGGUAAAUGGAUGGGGUUCUGCGUCUGAUGAGGACCGUAACUUUUCUAGCCAUAGAUCUAGUGUAGGUAGCUCCUCAGAUGACUCCAUCUUUACCAGCGGCACUUUUGCACAAGCACUGGUUGCAGCAGCAGAUAAAGCUGGGUUUAGGCUGGAUGGAACCAGCCUGACAAGAACAGGCAAAGCAUAUUCUUCCUCUCAGAGACCUCGGCCAGGCAGUCCUUUUUCUACUGACAGCAACACGAGUGCAGCUGUCAGUCAGGGUCAGAGGCCGAGGCCCACGAAGAAACACAAGGGCGGGCGUUUGGAGCAGCCCCCUCUGCCUCAUCGCCGCGAGGGAAUCACGGACGAUCUUCCACCACCACCCGACCCGCCCCCCGGUCAGGGUUUAAGGCAGCCCAUAGUGCCCGGCCAGCGCGGAGGCUCUGCCGAGAGGAAGGGGAGCUCUCUGGAGAGGCAGCACGCAGCAGCCAACGUAGAUGACACAAAGAGCUCCCUGGACCGGCCCGCUAGGACAUCACUAGAGUGGCAGCGGCAAGCCCAGGAGUGGAUAAGCUCUACAGACCGCCAAGAGGAUUUCAGGAAAGCCCAACACAAACAAGCCUUCGGAUCAGAAGAGGCGCUCGUACCAUAUAGUAAACCCAACUUCCCAUCCCCUGGUGGCCACAGCUCUUCAGGAACAUCUUCUUCUAAAGGAUCAACUGGACCCAGAAAAGGUGAAGUCUUGCGAGGAGGUCACCAACGCAAUGCCAGUGACCUUCUCGAUAUAGGCUAUGUGGGAUCAAACAGUCAAGGACAGUUUACUGGUGAAUUAUAGUAGUUGAGAAGACACAUUGCAAGCUGCUCUGAUGGACCACCAGGUCUGAACUCAUGGAAGUGAUGACACUAAACAGUGCAAUGAACAUUUUCUUUAUUUAUGUACUAUUAAAAGAACUGUAAAUGCAAUGUAAAGACACACAGCCACACAUAUCCCACAGAUACUUUACUUGUGUUCUUCUCUUUAAUACACCAUCCACCUUAAACUAUUCCUUGUCAGGAGUAUAUAAAAAAAAGAAAGAAAAAAAAACCACCCUCCAGGAUUAAAAGGAUUUCCUUCUGUAUAUAAUUUCUUUUGUUGCAUUGCUAUGCAAGCUCACCUUCUUUUUAGCUAUGUUCAUAUUCAUGUCUGUUUUUACUGGUCUGUUGUACUAUAUGUGAAUUAAUAGGCUGUGGUGCCAUAUAUUAACUUUUAAUUGUGUAACUUUUAUGUUUAAAGUUUGCACUGCAAUUUUAUUUGGUGAUAAGCACAAAACUCUACUCCUCAUGACAUGAAGAAAAAAGAGACUGAAUGUGUGAAGAAGGUUUACAUCCUUUAAACUACUUUGGAUAAUGCUAGAUGUAAAGGAGUAUGUUAGGUGGUUUUCCAUUGGGGUGUAGAAAUGAGAAAGUGACAGGCAAAACUGAUGUCAGUGAAGACAUUAGAGACAGAUUUAAACCUUUUAAAAGCAAGCAACAUAGUUGCUCUUCCUAUUUAAGAAGGGGUCAGAAGUUGGAAGUGUGAGAUUAAAGAGUGAAAAUGAAAACUAAAGGUAGCAUGAGACGGCCUAGACCCUUUCACUAGAGUGAUACCCUUAGUAUCUGCUAUUAGCCAUCCCAUGCCACUAAGGGGAAGAAAAACAAACCUUGCUACAAAUAAAAGAACUUAAGGUGUUUCACUAAAGCUGUUUUUAUUUUGCAGUUUUAAAAGAAUUAUUACCAUUCAUUUUACCAGCCCAAAACAUAGGACAGAGAUUUUUCAGGAGAUAUAAACCACAUAAAUACAAGGAAUACCUAGUAAGAAGAUAAGAAUGCAAUUUAUUACUAAGACAUAUUCAGGCUGCUUCCAAAAAACUGAAAUGUCAGAGUAUCUUAUUUUAUCUUUCCAAUACAUGUACAGUAUGAUAGAGGAUAAAGCUGCACCACUGAAAUUCAUGACAUUAAUUGUUUUGAUGCAGUCUACACAAACCUUUCUGUUCCAUACCUGAAGCCUGUAAGAGCUGGAGUUGGAUCCACUAAAUUUGUAGUAAAAUGUUCAGUUUUUGGAAGGAAAGCAAUGGUCAAAUUAUUUUUGACUUGCAGUAAGUAUAUUUCUGGCAAUACAAUACAUCCAAAAAGUUGGAUAUAAGCAAAGGAAAUCUUUGACCUGUGUUUUAGGGAGUGGCUUCAAACUCUACUAUGACGAGGAAAUAACGCAUGUUUAUACACUUUUUGAAUAAACCAGACUCUGUAAGUGGACAUUAAUGACAGCAUCCUGUCUCUUCAUUAAGUUUCAUGACUUUGUCCAAGUCUUCUUUACCUCUCAAAUCUCAAAGAAUAAAUUCUCAAGCUUUUCUUAGAAUAUUGUGUGUGGCUAACCCACCCAUUACUUUGAUGCUUAAUUUAAAUAUUGCAUCUUACAGCUUAUUUCUGUUAGUUAUCUGACCAUGACCACAAGUUUCCAUUGAAUACCCUUUUCAUAUAACCAGUCUAUGUUGUUUUAUAUUUUGCCUUGGAGCUCACCAGUAUUAAGAACACUUUUUGUCAUGGCAGAAUUUUAGAAAAGUAAAUUACGAUGCUAAAUAUGUGUUGCUUUUCAUUUCAUUAACUUGUUCCAUGAUAAGAUAAAACACGACAGCCAUCAGCUAUAACUCAGCACUAUGGAAUAUUGAAAAAUGCUAGUUAGCUCCCUUAAGGUCAAGAUGUGUUAUUUAGCAAGUUGAAAACAAAAAAAAAAAAGGUUGAGGAAAAAAAGUAGGAAUUUAUUUACGUAUGUGACCAAUGAGUAUAUGCCAUUUUCCUGCUUGUUAGAACACUAUAGUUAAAAACAUAACUUAAGGAUGUGCAAAAAUGUUCAAGUGAGAUAAAGAAUGCAGCAUAAUUACAUGUGCAUGGUCUUUAUUUUGGUAUAUACCAUAUGAAGAGAAGACUAUUCAGAGUACAAUUCAAAUUUAAUUCUCUGGAAAAUGUUUAACUCAGCCACCGAUAGUUGUUUUUUCCCCAUUUAAUUCAAAAGCUUGUGCUGAGCUUUGGUGGAACACCUUACUCACUCUGUUCUAUUCAAAAUUCAGUAUCUUUAGAGGUUGAUAAAGCCAUUCCAAUUACUUUCAAAUAUGUGUUUUAUCUCUUCCACUGGAAAGUAAAUGUGUGUCAGUAUUAAAGCUGUUCAGUACCAUGAUAUUCACUAACUUGUCCAUCUGCUUCUGUACAUUUUGUUCAUUAAUAAUUUGCUUACAAUAUCACAUAAGGUGUUGUUGUGUAUGGCAAAGUGUCUCCAUUAUCUUACAGGUGAUGUCUCUUCUUUUUUUUUUUCUCUCUCUUUUCUAUACAGUGUACUUCCAAUGAACCACAGUACAUAUUUUUUAAAAUGCCAUUUAAUUUACUAUUUUAAAAGAAGUAUUCUUCUUUUUUAAAAAAAAAUGAAAACAUUUAUUGUGAAUAAUGUGUUUAAAGAAAAGGGAUGUUGUGGCAGCACUUAGAAUUGUUUAUUAAUUUGCUUUUUUUAAAAAACUGUUUAUUGGCUACAGUUUGUUCACGAAAAAGUAUGACCUCUUAAUGUGUUUCAUUGGUAUUGUUAGUGCAGCAAAGUUUAAUUGGCAUAAGAAGUUGGUUAAUAGUACUGUUGAAGUGUGUAUUGUAUAUUUACUGGGGAAAAAUAAAACAUAUUCACAUUUCAAAUCUA